UCCACAGAAGAAGAAAUCCCCACUUCCGCUUUCAGAAACAACAACUAAGUGCCAAGUCCGUAAAGUUUUCUCUUCUUUUUUAUGCUACAAACGGCUAAUGUAACCUGAUCAUCGCAUAAUUGUAACAGCUUUUUUUCUCGCGUAUAGUGAUCACUUUAAAGUUAAAAAAAAAGUCCAGGUUUUCGUCGUUCGCAAUGCCUGCGGUGGCAGAUUUGCACUCGCAGAUCGCCUCUGUCAUGGAGGUCCUCGCAAAUGCCGCGGUGGCUGAGAUCUGUAAAGCAGUAGAGGACGGAUACGCCGUGGUUAACCUGGAAAUGACCCGGAGCCUGAAGGAAAACGAGUGUCUGCGGCGGAGGGUCAAAUUGCUGGAGCUCCAAGUGUCCCGGUACCGAGCGGAGCAGCGGCUGAAGGCUCCAGACGGGUCUGGGGCAGGGCGACUCUUCCCCGGCGUCAGGCUCCUGCAGCACCGCCACGGCAGGGACACUCCGCCUGGUCCCAGUCUCCUGAACAGGCCCAGGUUUUUAAACAGACCUCAGCAAAAGUCUCCUUCCACAGAUCUAGACCAGGACCCAAAUCAGGAAGUUGUCACCAGUUCCAAAAUAGAGCUCGCAGAGCCAGAAGAGAACAGCGAUCUAAUCAUUGUCAAGGUUGAGGGCAGCGCUUCACCAAUAACAGAAGACACCAAUAACAAUAAGAACAGUUCCACCUCUUUGGACGAAACAUCUGAGCAACAGGCCCAGUCCAGCAGCCAAACAGAGAGCCAAGAAUCUCAGGAAAAUUCAAGCAGGAUUUGGAAGUCUGAGGAGCAGGUGGUGAAACGUGGAGAUGACAAGAAGACUUCUCCGUCUAAUGGAGAACCACAUCUUUAUCCCAUCCCCACACCAAAGUGGCAAAAUAAUAAUGCAAAGUCUAAACAACUCCUAAAUUCUACCGCCCAAAAUAAAAACAUUUCAUCAAGACAACAUUCAACUACCUCCUCUAAUUCCCAAGAAGGUUAUCCAUCUGCUAACCUCAUUCCAAACUCUGAUUUGAGGCAUGAGGAUUAUCUACCUGUUGUUUUGCCCAAAGAAAACCACACUGAAGAAAUUGGAGAGGUUUUAGCAUUCAAUGUUAACCAAAAUGCAAGCUCACUGUCUAUGCCACCAGCUAGCAUUCAGAAUCGUCAAAUAAUGGGCCCUAUAUCUAAAGAAUCUCCAGCUCUGCCUCAUUUGUGUUCAUUUUGUCCGCACCAGUUCGCUCAAAAAAAGGAACUUAUGUGGCACGAAAGUGUUCACCGAGCGAAAAAACCCUACCAGUGCGAUCAAUGUGGAAAGAUUUUUGUCAGUUUUUGUCAUUUGAAGAGGCAUAAAUUGGUGCAUACAGGUGAAAGACCCUACCCAUGUGCUCAUUGUGGGAAGAAAUUCACAACUUUUAAUAACCUUAAAGUUCAUCAAAGUGUUCACACUGGAGAGAGAAAGUUUAAAUGUGAAACCUGUGGAAAGACUUAUGCAUUUCACAGUAAUCUAAUAAGACACCAGGCAGUACAUACAAAGGUAUAGAGAUAGUUAUGUACGGAGCAGAGUGGUUAUCCUGUCUCUUAGUAAGGAGGUUGUGGCUUAUAGACAAGGAGAAUUAUCAUGGUACCUUACACAUAUGUCUUUGUCAAAAUGUAUUAGUGUCAUUGACAACCACACAUUCCCAGGGAAUGAAGACAUGAUGACAUCAGCUGCAAAACUUAGACAUUCAACUGAGCUUUGUUUUUACACUAUCAGACCAUAAAACCCAGCUAAAGCAGAGUUUUAUGGUCUGAUGAAAAUCAAACACCUAAAUGUGACCUUGAAUACCAAAAAUAUGUUUAAAUGCAUGUUUCUUAACUUUUCAGACAGUCUAAAAACUUAUCAGACUGUGUUGCAAUGUGUGCAUUGGUAACUACUGAAUAUUUCUUCAUAGACCUACACUGUAGUCCCCACAGCACAAUGCCACAAUGGUUAAAUUGAAAACUAGAAUUUGGUUGAAUUAGGUCAUAAUACACACUAUUCAAUAUUAAAAUAAUCUAUAUUAAACUUGAUUUCACACUGGCGUUAUUAUUUUUGGGUCCCAGGUUAGUUGCAUGACCUAAAAUAUUUGGAUUCAAAGUUAGGGAUUCCCAAUCUAAACCUUUUCUUUAAUCAUAGACUAUGUAAAUUUAAUGUAUUGCUGUAUUGGUUUAUGGUUUAAACACUGUCAAUAAAUACUUUAAAUUAU